CCCAAUUCUUUUCUCACCAAAAAGCGAAGAAGAGAGAUGUCGCAGUUCCAGCUAACUUUGGCCACUCGCGCCAACCCGGCCGCUUUGCUGCCUGUCCUUUUGGUUGCUACUUCCCUCAACCAGGAGCAGGAGGUCAUUGCUAUCAACUACGAAGAUAGCGCUGUCUUGAGCAGUGGGGACAAGGCCACCGUCGAACUCACCGGUGCUAACGGCUCGCCUGUCUAUGGCUCCGAUAACGCGAUCAAGGAACUGCGUGCUGCUUUUCCUUUCCUGAACGCUAAGGAUGAGAAGUCGGAGACCGAAUGGCUCUCUCAACUCGAGACUUUCACCACUCUCGACUUCAAGACCCUCGAGCCUCAGCUCCAACGCCUGAACAACCACCUCCUCCUGCGCUCUUUCGUCGCUGGUUACUCGCUCUCGACCGCCGACCUCGCCAUCUGGGGUGCUCUCCGGGCCAACAGGGUUGCCAUCUCCCCUGUGCGCAAGGGUGCUCUGGUCAGCCUGACCCGUUGGUUCAACUUCAUCGAUGAGCUCUGCCCCUGGGCCGCCACUGCCCUCGAGUCCAUGAACGCCGUCGCCAAGGAGAAGAAGACCGCCAAGGCCAAGGAGGGAGCCAGCUACGACAUCAACCUUCUCAACACUGAUAAGGGUGUGGUGACUCGCUUCCCCCCUGAGCCCUCUGGAUACCUCCACAUCGGACACGCCAAGGCGGCUCUACUGAACGACUACUUCGCCCACGAGAAGUAUGCUGGAACCCUGCUGGUUCGUUUCGAUGACACCAACCCCUCGAACGAGAAGCUGGAAUUCCAGGAUGCCAUCAUCGAGGAUCUGGCCCUUAUGGGAAUCAAGCCGGACAGGCUGAGCUACACCAGUGACUACUUUGACGAGCUCUACGAGUACGCUAUCCGCAUCAUCAAGGAGGGACAUGCCUAUGCCGAUGAUACCGACAAGGAGACCAUGGCCGAACAAAGAAUGGUCGGCGAGCCCAGCAAGCGCCGUGACGCAUCGGUCGAAGAGAGUCUUGCUCGCUUCGAGGAGAUGAAGCAGGGAACCCCCGAGGGACUGCGGUGGUGCAUUCGGGCCAAGAUCUCGUAUGACGCUCCCAACAAGACGCUUCGUGACCCCGUCAUCUACCGCUGCAACGUCGCGGAGCACCACCGCACUGGCUCCAAGUGGAAGAUCUAUCCUACCUACGACUUCGCAUGCCCGAUCGUUGAUUCCAAGGAGGGUGUCACCCACGCCCUGAGAACCAUUGAGUACCGUGACCGCAAUGCCCAGUACCAGUGGUUCCUGGACACCCUCAAGCUUCGCCAUGUGCAGGUCUGGGACUUUGCCCGCAUGAACUUCGUGCGGACCCUUUUGUCCAAGAGAAAGCUCACCAAGCUGGUCGAGUCCGGCGCUGUCUGGGGCUGGGAUGACCCGCGCUUCCCCACUAUCCGGGGUAUCCGUCGUCGCGGCAUGACGAUCCCGGCCCUGCGCGAGUUCAUCCUGAAGCAGGGCCCCAGCAAGAACAUCGUGAACCUGGACUGGACCCUGUUCUGGGCGACUAACAAGAAGUACAUCGACCCCGUUGCUCCGCGCCACACCGCGCUGUUCAAGAACCAGCUGGUCAAGGCCAAGCUGAACGGCGCGCCUGCCGCGUACACCGAGGACAAGCCCAAGCACGCCAAGAACCCGGCGAUCGGCACCAAGAAGGUGACCUUCAGCGGCUCGAUUCUGUUCGACCAGGAGGACGCCAAGACCUUCAAGCAGGACGAGGAGAUCACGCUGAUGGCGUGGGGCAACGCGAUCGUGCGCAAGAUCGAGACCGACGCGGCCACGGGCGCCGUCACCGCCCUGGAGCUCGACCUCCACUUGGCGGGCGACUUCAAGAAGACGGAGAAGAAGGUGACCUGGCUCUCGGCCGACCAGGAGCUCGUCCCCGUCGAGCUGGUCGACUUCGACUUUUUGCUCAACAAGGACACCAUGACCGAGGAGGACACCCUCGAGGCCGUCCUGAACCCCCACACCGAGUUCCGGGAUGAGGCCGUCGCCGACGCCAACGUUGCCGACCUCAAGGAGGGCGACAUCAUCCAGUUCGAGCGCAAGGGCUACUACCGUCUCGACCGCCCCUACGCCCCCGGCCAGCCCGCCGUGCUGUUCAACAUCCCCACCGGUAAGGCGGGCAAAUAGAUCCGCUUCCGCUUUUCGGGAGGUAUAGACGCCUAUGAAGAUACGACGAAUAAACUUUCCGGAUUUAGUUUGCACAAAGAGACUCGAUCAAG